UCAAAAUGGUGGAUAACAUGAAAUGAAAAAUUAUACAAUUUGUCAUGAUUUUUGUAUUAAUAUGUUUAAAUUGUCGUAUCUUGUCACGCCAUCUGCAUGAGCUGCUAGGUACUACUCAUCUGUAAGUCUAGAUGUAUGAACCAUAGAUGUGUAUAUCAGAAUGCUGAGAGAACAAUAUUUACGAUUAGAAAAUCAGUUGGCUUGUCUUGAAACAAAAUAUAGACAAGCUCUAGCAGCAUGCGAAAAAGGAAAGAAUGAUUUUAUUACCAGGCUUCUAAAGACAGUAGGAAAUCUCUUUAACAAUCUUCAAUACAGUGAUUUAAGAGUAUUACUGGAAGGUGGAUACCAUCUGAAUUGUCACAAAUUUAUUUUUUUUGCCAGAAGUGAUAAAUGGGGUGUAGGCAUAGAUGAUAUUUGUGUAGAGGAACUUGAUUUAAGUGAUAUAAAGUACGAAGUGGCCUAUGUUAUGAUUAGAUGGGUUUAUACAGAUGAAUUUGAUACUGAUGUUGAUGACACCUUUAUUAUUGACCUGCUUGGAGCCUCUCAAAGAUACAAUCUUCAGUCCUUAUCAAACAGAUGUGAAAAGGUUUUAAUGACAUUUGUAGAUGAAGCAAAUUGUGAACAGUAUCUUAGUCUAGCUCGAGAGAAAGAAAUACGUGCUGUAUUAUUAGACAAAUUUUGUGCCAAAUUCAUCAAAAAUCAUACAGAUCAUGAUGUUGCUAAUGAAACGAAGAAGGUACAAGUUGAUUCAGUACAUACAGCAACGGACAGCAUGGAGAAAACUGAAUUAUCUGCAUGUGAGAAUGAAGAUUUUGUUGAGGAUGACACUAUUACAGAAACAUUAUCAACUGAUCAUUCGGAAUCAGUUAUGCUUUAUGUUAUGGAUGAACAACUAAAUAACAAACUCAGCCCAAAUCAACAAAACAUUACAGUAUCGGAAAACAAUGAUCUCAAUGUCGUAGAAGAGCAGGCCAGUGAAACAGAUGAUGUAACUGGUAGUAUAAAUGUUGAUAAAAUUGCUUCAACUUCUGUUAUGGAUAAAUGUGAAGCUAAUAUUGAUGAUGAGGUUUCUAUUGACUAUGAAGGAGGAAAUGAUGAAAAUACGUUCGAAAUCGACAACCGAGAAAUAAAACAGAAAAAGAUACAUAAAUGUGACAUUUGUCAAAAAAUACUGAAGCAUGCUUACCUGCUUAACGAGCACAGGUGGCUACAUACAGGUGAAAAACCCUUUAAAUGUAAAUACUGUAGCAAACGUUUCAGAAGUCAGGGAACUUUAACGGAACAUAUACGUAUUCAUACACGAGAAAAACGCUAUAAAUGUGAUGUUUGUGAUCUAUCAUUUAUAUCGAGCACGACAAGACGUGUGCAUAAACGUUUACAUGUCAACCCCAAACCUCACGUCUGCUCAUAUUGUUAUAGAAGUUUCAUGUCAGUUGAUAAACUGGAUAAUCAUGUCAAAACGCAUACGAGCCUAGACAGCUUUAAAUGCGAUUCUUGUGAAGAAACAUUUUCAACAAAAGCUAGUCUGGCUCGACAUGUUGUGAAAUUACACACGGAAAAACCUCAUAGUUGUCACAUUUGCGGCAAAAGCUAUGCUCGAGUAUGUAAUUUGAAUCUCCAUAUUGAAUCUCACACUGGAAUCAACCCUGCUCCGUAUGAUUUUGUGCCUAAAGCGAUUCGCGUUUACGAUGAACGCACGGACACAAGUCGAUUAAUGUAUCAGUGUGAUUAUUGCGAUCAGAAAAAAUAUAGCAUGGUGGCUUUAAACGAGCAUCUACGUAUUCAUAAUGGAGUGAAACCUUUCAAAUGUGACAUUUGCGACAAAUCGUUUACGUUUGUUCGGCAGCUUAAACCACACCUGAGAAUGCAUUCUGGUGAACGGCCAUAUCGAUGUGAAGAAUGUGAUAAGUCGUUCACAUCUUCUAUGUAUUUACAGAGACACAGGAAAACUCAUUCAACAGAUAAACAAUAUCAAUGUGAUCUUUGUGGGAAAGCUUUUUCUUUGAUGAUUUAUUUGACUAAACAUGUUAAAAAAGUUCAUGUUUAAAGAAAUAGGCCUUGACUGAUGAUUUAUUUAUCUAAAAUAAAAGCUAGCUGAUGAUUUAUUUAUUUAGCUGAAAAUUUUUUUUAGUUUAUGAUUUAUUUAUCUAAAAUAAAGUUAGAUGAUAAUUUAUUUAUCUACCAAAAAAAAAAAAAAAAUGAUGAUUUAUAUAUCUAAAAAAAUGUUAACUGAUGAUUUAUUUAUCUAAAAAAAUGUUAGCUGAUGAUUUUUUUAUCUAAAAGAAAAAUUAGCUGAUGAUUUAUUUAACUUAAACAUGCUUUAUGCAAGAGCUAAAUCUGCCUAUUGCAGGUCUUUCUUUAGCCUUUAAAUGUUAUCUAAAUUAUUAAUUAGACAUUAAUAAUUAACAUAUCCAGACCAUAAUCAACUCUCGAUGCCAUUGUUAGCCUGCAAUAUUUAGUUGAUUUGGAUACAUUUUGUGAUGGAUAAUUUAUCGUAAAGAUUGAUAAUCGAGUUGCUUAUGGUCUUAAUAAGUUAAUUAAUGUCUAAUUAAUAGUUUAGAUAAGAUUUAAGGCCAAAAUAAAUUUAAUGCAUGAUUAAGUAUUCUUAUUUCUAAUUUCUUAGUUAGUUUUACUUGUACAUAUAAUUGCCUAAUCUGUUACUUAGAUUGUACAUCAUUCUGAAUUAACUUUCAUUGUGUUCAUUUCAUAUUGUAUAAAAUAAAAAAAAAUAAAAAAUACAGUCCCAUUUGUACAUGUAUGAAUAGGGAACGUUUCUAUACCAAGAUUAAACAUAUAACAGAGCACUCUUGGUAGCCGUGGUGGUAUUGUUCUGUUCUACUCCAGUAACCUCUGGGUCCAUCCACAGGGUUUUCGCGAAUUCAAAUUAUCUGCCCUUGAUUGUAGCUUGAUUCUACGAACCAAUCAAGAAAUAGUUUACAUACACC